AUGGCAGAAAAAGUCUUAAAGAAGUUAGAUAUCCUGGAUGAUCAAGAAAAGAUAGUCCUGGCCCACAGAGAAAAGAUAAACAGACUUCAGAGUGGAAGGAGAAAGUCUUUGAAUACUACCCUGACAUUUGAUUUUCAUUUGGAAUUUGCACAGCCUAUUACUAAAUCAGCACUUAAGACAGUAUCAAAAAUCAGGGAAAACAAGUCAAAUGAGAUUAAAAAACAAAGAAGGUCUGUUUCCUUCAAAAGUGAGCCUGAACUUAAAAAUAGUGAUUCUGAAAAUUCAAAUUUUGUUCCAGAAAAUGCAAAAACACAAGAAAAUAAAUCAAUAGAUCAAACAAAAAAUAAAACUAUUGUGGAAUUUCAUCCUGUUGACCAUUUAGAAGAUGAUUUAAAUAAAAGAAACAAAUCUCCCUCACAGAUGAAUGAUUUUAGUAUAAAAAAAAGUGAAUCAACCAGAAACUAUCAAUUAAGUGAGCAUGUAGUCAGCAAGAAAACUUUGCUCCCCUUGUGUUUUGAGGAUGAAUUGAAAAAACCAAAUGUCAAGAUUAUCAGCAUUGAUGCACCAAAGACAGCAGUUUCUCAAAUGGAACAAAAUUAUACAAAUCCGAUCAUUUUCCAUGACACAGAUUAUGUACAAAUGCUACUUUUAACAAAAAAUAAGCUUCUUCCUCAUCAUAUUGAAAAUGAAAACAUUUACCCACAUAAAAGAACAAAUUUUGCUUUAGAAAAAAAAUAUGGAAUCCUCAAACCUUCAAGUGACCGAUACAUUACUCCUUCUAGUCUCAAAAGAACCAUGCCUACAGCAUGGAAGGAAAAUAUACAAAUACCACCAUUUGAAUUGAAUUGUAGAUUUGUAAAGGAUAAACCAAAGAAGAAAACCAGUAAGCAGAUAUUAGAAAAUAGAUAUAGGAAUAUACUCUACAAUUUCUCACAGAACUUUUUCAGUAUAACAAAAAAAUUUGUGGUUUUCCGUGAUAAAACGGUUACUCAAGAAAUAAAUGCUAAAACUGGAAAAUUUGAAAGAAUGUUUUCUACCACGAAACCAAUGGACUCACACAAAUUUAGUGCUUCAACUGCCAAAUGUUCAAAGCCUUUGAAAAGUAUACUUAAAGUACAUAGAGUAAAUAAUAUAACACCACUGGAUGAUUUGCUAAGUGUGCCAAGAAAAACUUAA